GCAAGAAAGGUUAGGACGAGAGAGGCGUAACGGCAAAUCUGGAAAGAGCUAUCCAUGAAGGAGGUUGGGGACGGACUGCAUGAACAGAUGAACUGCAUGAUGGGUGCUCUGCAAGAGCUGAAACUCCUCCAGGUCCAGACAGCCUUGGAGCAACUGGAGAUUUCGAGCAACCCAAACCAGGUUUCAGGAAUUGGCGAGCAUCAGUAUUGUCAGAGCAAGAAAGAAGUGCCAAGGUUAAGACAUGAAGUCAGCAGGCAGAGUGAGAAACUGCUGGAAAAGAGUUCUUUGGAGAGUGGUAGCUCUCCAGGUUUUUUAUGCUCUGCUCAGAUGCCACAGCCCACUGGCCCACUUUACCAUAUUGCAUUUCCACAUAGUACCCAUGGGCACAUGACUUCAUCCCUUAGUGGCAGCAUCAGCAGUGGCAAUUGCUGUCGUGCCAGUGGACCUCCAUCAACAGUGAGCACAGCAGAGUACCACUCACCAAGGACACUUGAAUCCUCCAGUGAGCAUAUGUCUAGAAACUGGUUUUCUCAUGAUACAAGCAGCCUGUCUGAGAGUAAGUUUGGAUGCCAAGAGUGUCAGUUCUCCGAUGAGACCAAUGAUUGGACUUCUUCACUGAUGUCUCAAAGCAGGAACCGACAGCCUCUAGUCUUGGGUGACAACAUCUUUGCUGAUUUGGUUGGGAACUGGUUGGAUUUGCCUGAGAUAGACAAGAAAGGGGAGAAGAGUGAGACUUUAUCAGGCAGCAAAUCCCAAGAGUUCUACAGAAAGUUUUCCCUCACAGCCAAUAUAUUCAAGAAAUUUUUAAGGAGUGUCCGACCGGAUCGAGACAGAUUACUUAAGGAGAAGCCUUGCUGGCUGCCAACAGAAGACAAAGAGGCUGAAAUCUUAAAGAGGCCCAAAAAAGUAAACAAACAAAAGGGAACCUUUUACUUCCCAGUUCAUGGGAACAUAUCAAACACUCAUGACAAAGCUGAAAGGUGCCAAAAGAAGGAAACCAGCAAGGCCAAGACCAGACAUUGUGCCAAGAAGACCCAUAAUGCAAUAGACCACAAUCAGUCAGGAUUUGAUUUUAACACAGCUGUGUGGGUCUGAGUUCCAGUAGCUCAUCUCCUUUGCCAAACUGGUCUGUUGCAAACCAGAUUGGGAAAGGUGUGAGAGAGAUCUGCCAUGCAUGGAUUGGGAUGAGGAAAAGGCAAGGGUGUCCCUAGAAAUGGAUAGUUGGCACAAAUCACAUCCACAAAUACAGCUUUAAGGAGAACUAUGCCUGUUUGAAAAAGGAAUUUGCGAUAAAGUGCAGAACCUCUCCAGACCUGAAACGUGAUCAUCUUUCCCAGUCUGAGGGCCAGAGGAGUGUCUUAAUCAGUCAAUUCCUCUGUUUUACCAUCUCCUACAGGCUUCUAGUUUUCCACCCACACAUAUUCAGUUCAUUUCUAAUUCAGGUAGCAACAGAAUGUUAGGUAAUCAAUGUGUGUGUGCGUAUGUGUGUGUUUAAUUUUUGUGUGUGUUGAAUUCUGCUUUUCCUUGUGUGCACUACAUCCUGGAUUAAGCACCAGGUAAAUGAAUAAGCACUUGAUGGUUCGAUUGAGAGUGAGGCUUGAGUUUUCUCUCACUGCAGGACUUGAACAAUGGCCGAGUGAAAUUGUCUUGGCCCAGUCAUUGCACUGAGUACUGAUUGCUCUUUUCUAAAGUAUUCUCUCUGGCCCACCUGCUGUGGUCUGUACUAUCCUUGGAUGUAUCUGAGGAGUGUUGUGUAGUGAGUAGCCAUCCCAUUGCUGCCACUGUGAGGUUACCAGAAGUUUUUCACCCCUUCAUGUUGCCCUCAAAGCCUUAAAACUCAGAUUCCACACUGAGGUCCCCGGUUGCAAUAGGCCCUUCCCUAGUUUUGUUUGCAUAUCUUGUGUAUAGAUUUAGUCUUGUGAUAAUUAGUUCUCCAGCA